UGUAAUCCUAUUAUUUAAGAAAUCAAGAUAUGAUAGGUGAACUUUGGAUAACGUUCAGAAGUUUUUUUUUAAUGAUACAAAAAAUACUCUUUAAAAUAAAUAAGAAUAUGAAUUUGAUUAUAAUUUUAAAUUGCUAACUCGAAUUGAUUUUAAUAGCAAAAUAAAUGCAUUAUUAAUGCAAAUGUUUUUUUUAAAAGAAAUAUAUAUAUUGAUACAUCGUUAAAACAAUCCUAUGUGUACAACAAGAAAGAUGGAAUUCGAAAUGUUUCUUCUACAAAUAAUGUGUUUCCUCAUUGGAUUGUUUCACUGCAACGCACUACCGUUGGCGUCGAAAUCCCCAGACAAAUGUAAGCUUAAUUUAGAAAACAUACUUCCGAACAGCUUUCCCAUAUUAUAAUUAUGACAUGAUCCACACAGUUGUUUAAACAAAUUUCCAUCCUUUUUUUUUCUUGCUUCGCCAUUAUUUCUCUGAAUUUAAAGAUAUUAUCAUUUUGUCAUCUUAACCGACUCUGUGGGCUUGGAACACCUCCAUUUUACACAAUUUAAUCAAUGAUUCCACAUGACUUGAGGGAUGUUCGUUCAAUAUGUAACAAGACUUCACCAAUGAAUCAACAUCAGCUUUAACAUGUUCAUUUUAUUUCUAAUAAUUGUUGUAUUCCAUCAUUAUGCAGUCUGCCCAGAGUUAAGCUUACCCAAUGGAGAGGUAUCACCGCCAACCCCGAGAUCACCAAUGCGCAAUUUCAAGUGUAACGGUGGAUUUACACUCUACGGUGCUAAGAUGUCAUCGUGUAUUCAGCGCGGCGUUUGGUAUCCGGACAUUCCAAAGUGUAUUAGUAAGUCGAGAUUAUUUAAUUCAAGAUGGUGUUACUUUGUGUUAACAAGAAAUUUUGAUUUUUGCUAUGAAAUUCCAUUAUUUCUUGGCAAAAAAAAAAAAAUGCAAUCUUACUUCUUUCUUUUAAAUAAGUUAAAGUUUAGAUUUCUUUAUAUCAAUCUUCAAAUAGUUGGAAUAAAAAGUGAUAAUUCCAUACACCAUGUCGCCCUGUUUUUCAUCUAAGGUUUAAACAUUUAUUUUUAAGGACAAAAAGUUAAUUAUUAAGUCACGUUGGAAAACUUUUUCAUUUAAAUUUAUAUUUAAAUAAACGAUUUUAAUUGUGUGAUUCGGCGUUUAAAAUGAAUUGAUUUCGUUGUAAAAUACUUAACUGAAAAGCAUUAUUGUUUUAUGUGUGUUGCCUGUUCUUCUAUUUUUUUUUUUAAGAAUCUGGAUGUGAAGAGCUUAAUCUAGAUAAUGGAAAAGUCCAGUUCAGUAGACCUAAUAAAAAUAAGAGCCCUUUGAUCAGCUUCACGUGCAACGAAGGAUUCCGAAGAAACGGCACGGACAAAUUGUUGUGUGACGGACGAACCUGGGGCGACCAGGCUCCUACUUGCGUCAGGUGUACGUAUGUUAUGUUUAGGAUAUACAAGAAUUGGUCUUGUAAUGUCAAUUAAAGCUAUUUUUUAAGGAAUGCAAUCUGUCGCUUAGCCAAUAUUUAGUGUUCGGUAUCUUCUCUGGAAUAUUUUGUUUCAGUUAAUGUAACUCAUAAGUUGCUUUAAUUUUUUUAUUUCAAAUUCUAUAUUUCUUGUUAUUUUUUUAUUUUUAUUUGCGAAAGAAAGCAUCCAUCCUAAACUUCCUUUAAAUUGUCCUUUGAUUACAUUUCGAGCCUACCCAAUCCAUGUUCCCUUAUUUCCGUCUAACGAUUAAUAUGUGACCGACACCCUUUUCAUCGACAACCACCUCUUGCAUUUAGUAAUAGUUAACCAGUGAAUUGAACCGCUUUGUUGAAUUUUUAUUUUUUUUUUUCCUCGUAAAGACUUAAUAUCAUUGCUUAUUGGAGAGAAGGUAAAAGCUAUGUGGUGGGUCGGGGGAAUAUACAUUGCUGUUCUUUAUUUCAUAAAUGUAUUUUAUUUUAAUGUCAUGAUUAUGUCUCUUUUGAUAAAAUUUUUAUGUGCAGCGCGGUGAGCCCUGCCCUAGGCUGGGGUACCGCGUUAUAUAAGACGUCUUAUUAUUAUUAUUAUUAUACUCACAAGGUUAGGAGAAUGAUUUUUACAAAGUUGGGAAUAGCUGAAUUCACACAUUUGGGAAAAGUUGUAUUCACAAAGUUGGGAGUAGUUGCAUUUACAAGGUUGGGUGUACGUAUCUUCACAAUGUUGGGAGUAGCUAUAUUCACAAAGUUAGGAGUAGCUAUAUUCACAAAGUUGGGAGUGAUAUAUUUAGAAUGUUGGGAGCAGGUUUAUUAACAUAUUUGGGAGUAUGUAUAUUUUAAAAGUUGGGAGUAGAUAUAUUCAAAAAGAUGGGAGUAGAUAUUUCAUAAAGAUGGGAGUAGAUCAAUUCAAAAAGAUGGGAGUAGAUAAAUUCAAAAAGAUGGGAGUAGAUAUUUCAAAAAGAUGGGAGUAGAUAUUUCAAAAAGAUGGGAGUAGAUAAAUUCAAAAAGAUGGGAGUAGAUAAAUUCAAAAAGAUGGGAGUAGAUAUUUCAAAAAGAUGGGAGUAGAUAAAUUCUAAAAGUAAGGCGUUGAAUUUUUUUCACAAAUUUGAGAGCUAAUCUAUUCAAAGUGACUGGAUAGAUAUAUUCUAAAAUUUGGGAAUAGAAAUUAUAAACAAUUUUGAAGUAGGUAUUUUCGCAAAUUUAAAAAAAAAAUAGUAGAUGCAUUAAGAAAGACGUCAGGGGCUCAAUGUCCCACUUUGAACAAAACACUUUUUGAGAAUAGUUUUCUUUUUUACAAAUAAACUAUUAACCACAUAUAUUUGAACCGCUCUUACUAUUGCAUUUACCAUGCUAACGGGAGAACUUACAUUUGAACAGGAGACGGACAGCUGGCAAUAUAAAAAAAAACAUGUAUUAUUUCAAUCAAAUCCGGCCACCUUAAAAGUUUGCCCUUGACAUUUUUUCAUUGUCACGGCGACGCAGACUUUGAUUCUUGGGUCCUGUAGUCCUAUGUAAAUAAUCAUCUAUGGGAAUAUGAAACGUCAAUGGGUUACAAUCUCAGCAAUUAAUGGGGCUUCUAGGCAGCUAAUAUGUCAACUCGAAUGCAACAAAUGUGAUCCAAUGAAGAAAGGUGUCAAAUUAUAGCUUAAAACGCGAUCAUAGAAGUUCUUUGUCACACUAUAACCUCCACAAUCCCGUCUACGUUCGGUUGCUGCAGUACAAGGACAUAAAAAUAUAUUAAAAAUAUAUUUUUCUCAGUUCAACCAAAACACGAUCCAGUGGAAUGUGACUUUGAGGAUGUCUAUCUUUGUGGGUGGAGCCAAGACAUCAACGAUGAUUUUGAUUGGACGCGAUGGAGUGGUAAAACCCCCACCGAUGACACUGGACCAAGUACGGACUAUACAACGAGGUCAGAUCAAGGUAUUUUACUCUAUUAAAUCAAAUCAUGCUAUUUAUAACUUCUUACUAUAAACAAAUAAAUGAAUCAUUUAGGAAAAGUCUGAUCAGAAGCGUCUCCAUCUAAACACACUUUGUAUUCCCGGUCCUUUUUUAGGUCAUUACGUUUUUUUAGAGACCACCGGACAGCAACGUGGAGACAGAGCAAAUCUCAUCUCCAUGAUAUUCCAACCGGCAAUUGCAACAAAUGAAUGUCUGACGUUCAGGUACCACAUGUACGGUAAACGUAAGUCAUAACAAUCACAAUGUUUGUUACAUUUCGAUUGUAACCCAGGUAUUUUAAAGAAAAUUACCAACAAAAAAGAAGAGAAGACGUAUAUUUAACUGUUGAGGAUAAUAUAGCUAUAUUCAGUGUUACGUACCGCUAUAAUGUUUAGAAUUUGAUCUCUUAUUUUACUCUAUGACUCGUGUGGAACAGCACAUGACAAAAAACGAUACCAUUAAUUAAAUACAAUAUUAAAGAGCGAUACCCAAACUAGGGCUAAUUACAAAUAAUAAUUUAUUAAAUUGAUUUAAAAUUUUUAAAAAUCGAAUAGAAUUAAACUAAGGCUAUUCACUUAAAGUACAGCAAUGAACUUUUACCGGUACAAUGUGGAAGAAGGUGCACACAUACACAAACAGAGUAAAUAUUAAUAUACAAAUAUACGAUGAGUACAAAAUCUGUCUCUCUUAUUGUUUCGUAUGGUAAUACCAAUCUCUGUCUAGCUCUAUGUGGAUCGGCUUAUUUAUACUAUUUAUUAGAUACUUUUUCUAGAAAGGGCUUUGGCUUUUUUGUUGUAUCUCAACCCGUCUGGUAUGUUCUAAAUAAUUCUAAUUCUAAAGACUAUAGACUGUGUUUACGUCUAGUCAAGGUCAUGGGAGACUAUUUAUAAUUAAACCAAGCCCAUCGUGUUGCCUAUCGUGUUGCCUAUCGUGUUGCCCAUUGUGUUUCCCAUCGUAUUGCCCAUCGUGUUUCCCAUCGUGUUGCCCAUCGUGUUUCCCAUCGUGUUGCCCAUCGUGUUGCCCAUUGCGUUUCCAAACGUGGGGUCAGCCAAAGUUCAUGCAAGAGAAAGGAUGACGUAAACACGACUCCAUGACAUCAUAUUUUAGAACUAACACACAUUUCAAAGAGUCAACUAAUUAAAAUAUACAGGCAAUUGUGAAAAAAUCAUUGUCAGUUUUUUUAUGUGAGUCUUCACACAUCUUCUAACAUAUAAUCAACCUGAUAAAAACAGUGUGCUUCAGGGAGCUUCUUCUUAAAUCUUUUAAAAUGCCAUUGUUACAGGAGAUAGCAAGCUGUGUCUUGGACUCAACUGAAAUAAGAUAAUCCAUGCUUGUUUUCAAAAUAAAUCCAAGUGUUUAGUUUAACGGAGAGUUUUUAGAUCUAUUAGUACCUUUAAAGUGAGAAUGAUUCCAUGCACAUUCUUUUCAUUAGCGAAAUCAUGUGCACACAACAGUGUUCUCUACUUAUGGGAACAAUACCAUCAAUAGCGUUAUAUUAGCUUGAUAACACUAUCAUGGUUACACUACCUUGUCAUAAACACAAACAUGGUUUCACUAAAAUGGAAACUCCAAAUAGGUUUCACGCACCCAGGCACACUAACACGGUUACACUACCGGUUUAUACACUUACAUGUUACUCCAACUUCAUUACAACUUACAUGUUUUUUUUUUAACAAUAAUAGAUUUGUUUCCUUUUCUUUUUUUUAAGAUGUUGGAAAUCUUUCCGUGUUCUUGACGCCUGCAAACUUAGAUACAAAAAAGAUGAAGGAUUCACAUCGAUUCUUUCACGUUACCGGUAACAGGAGUAAUGAGUGGCAUUUAGGCAAUGUUCGUCUUUCGAAGCAAACAGCUGCAUUUAAGGUAUGCUUGAUUUAAUUAAAACUAUAAUUCAAUAUAUAUUUAUAUUUCUGUUUCUUUAUGGACAGUUCUGUUUCACUACACUAACUUCAGAUAUGAAUCAUGCGUAUUGACUAAUGGUUGUAAUGUUUUUCAAUAGAUUGUAAUUCAAGGAACUUCUGGGGGCUUCUAUGGGGACAUUGCAUUGGAUGACGUGAAGAUUUCUAAAUGCUCAGAAGGUAGAUUUAAUCUGCUAUGAAUUGAAUUAUUUAAUGCAAUAUUUACACAAUGAAAGCUUGGUUGUUUGCCAUAGUUUGACUUUUAUAUAGACAGUUUCUCUGAUGAUUCAAUAAACGUGACUGCUUCCUAAAAUAAUGAGAAAAUCUUUUGACAAUUGAUAAUAAACUUGGUAUAUAGUAACACACAAAAAAAAAAGCCAAUUAGUUUAUUGUUAAAAAUUGACAGUUUUCUUGUUAGACAUUGACUUAUACAUUUCACACACACACACAAAAAUUCAAAGAUGUCUGGAGAAGUCUAAGGCACUAAAUGUAGUUUAUACUUUUAAAAUAACAACACAUUCUAGAAUCACAUUCUCAGUCCCAUUAAAAAUCAUUUUGUCUUGGUUUCAUCUAAAAUAUUUCAUAAAGUAAAGUAUUCAAAGUAUUAAAAGUUGAUUUAUAAAUAUGAAUUGCAUGCAUUUUUUUUAAAUUUUACGUAAAAUGUAAGUGUUUCUGUUGCUACAAGAAAUAUGUAAUACAAUUUCCAUAAUUGUAGAAAUGGAAAAAUUGAUCCAAUCUCUUCAUGGGGGAAAAUGUAUAUUGUCAAAAUAAGAUAGGGUUGACCUACCAAGUUCUAUAAUAGACUAGUUUAUUAAAUAUUUUAAAUACAGCUAAAUAGCCAACACAUUUUUAAUCCUUUCUCAUUAUUUUUCUGCUAUUCAAUUCAAUGUUUACAUCUGAUCAGAAGAUCGAUGUUAGCCAUACACACACGAUAUUUAAAUAUCAUGUAUUGGAUGAGAUACAGGACAAUGUAUUUUAUACGUAUUUAAACUCUGACAAGACCUAAGCUUUCGAGAUUGUCUGCUAUUGAAUAUUAAAACAAGAAUUACAUCAUUCAGGCGAGAUUCUGAUGACAGAAAAGAGUGAGAGUAGCCAGACCUUGAACAUGAGAGAAAACAUCAGUAGUCAGACCAUGAACACCAGUGAGAACUUCAGUAGUCAGACCAUGAACACCAGUGAGAACUUCAGUAGCCAGACCUUGAACAUGAGAGAAAACUUCAGUAGUCAGACCAUGAACACCAGUGAGAACUUCAGUAGUCAGACCAUGAACACCAGUGAGAACUUCAGUAGUCAGACCAUGAACACCAGUGAGAACUUCAGUAGUCAGACCAUGAACACCAGUGAGAACUUCAGUAGUCAGACCUUGAACACCAGUGAGAACUUCAGUACUCAGACCUUGAACACCAGUGAGAACUUCAGUAGUCAGACCUUGAACACCAGUGAGAACUUCAGUAGUCAGACCUUGAACACCAGUGAGAACUUCAGUAGUCAGACCUUGAACACCAGUGAGAACUUCAGUAGCCGGGCCUUUAAAAUGAGUGACAACUCAAAAAAACAGGCAAAUAAAAUGAGCGACAACUCUUCAGCAACACUAACCAAUAACUCUUCCUGGGACGAGAUGUUAGAAAAUUCUCAUUUAGAUAGCAAAAAUCAAGAGAUCAAUAAGUUAGACAUGGUCUACACUGAAAAUCUUACUGAACACGGCAAUGGCACUUACAGUCUUAUGAAUAAAAUAAACGGAGAUAAAAGGUCAAUGACAUUUCAAUCUGUACACAAUUAUAAUGAUAUAAAAGAUAAUAUUUUAAUGAAUGAAACAUCUGAAAAUGAAACCAUCAAAGAGUUAGCUAUUUCAGGGAAUGAAAACUUUGAAAAUCCCACCUUUAGUCCUAACUUCGUUGGAGAUAAUGAUAUAGAUAUCAUGAUAAAUACAAAUGAAACAAAGUUAGAAUUUCCUAAUAAAUCUGUCGACUUUAGCAGAGAUUCACCAGACUUCAAGUACGCAAAUCAAGUUAAAAAUGGGGAAAUUAACGAUACCUUCCAAAUACAGUCCUACAGAGAGACGGAUAAAUGUAUCCCUAUAAGGGAAGAUAGUAUUAAUAAGAGUAUCACACAUGACAUCCCAAUAGGGAUACCACAAGUUCCAGUUGGAACAAUAAUAGAAAAUAAUAUUCAUGAAUCUGAAAGCCGCAUCGAUGACAAUAGCUUGAAUCUUAAUCUAAACAAGAGUGCAUUGUUAGCUUACAAACUGAAUAAUAUCAACUCUGAAAAUGAUGAAACUUUGAUUCAUUCUGAAAAUAACGAGAAUAGUACUUCAGUCAAGUUAAAAGAAGAGCAGUAUGGUGAUUUCAAUCUCAGCAAAGAUGUUCUAAGUAGUGAGCCUAACCAUGAGAUGCCACGUGUAACUUUGGAGAACAAUUUUAGCUUUGUAAAUGUAACCACUGGAGAAAUUUAUAAUUCUUUCAACGAGAACGGUAACAAAAAGGAAACAUAUAACAACGACAUUCUUAAUAUUUCAACAACAGAGCUUAUGAAUAUGCAGCAUCACGACAGCGAUUUGUCGAGAGUUUUUCGCUGGAUUUCCCAACGUCAGAAACCUCCCUUUGAAACAAUUCGUGGAGAAAACCCUGGUCUCAGAAAUUUAUGGCUCAAUUUUGACCUCAUUAAGAUCGUAGACGGUGUUCUGUGUAAAAAGAGAUUUCAAUUUGGUCCCAGAAACGAGACCGUUAAGAUUUUACUGCCUCGCUCUCUUGUUAAAACUGUGUUGGUAAACAUGUGGAAGACUGGAUCGAGUGUUGUUGAUGUAAACAAAGUUUUCGAAAGAAUUACAGCAUCUUACAGCUGGUACAGGAUACAGGAUGAUAUCAGAAUUGUUCAAUUAAAUUGUACGAAAUGUCAAACUAUAAAAUAUACUUUUAAUAAUUACCCCAGAAAUAGUACAGAUUUUAUGUAUGGAUCCCCUAUGCAGAGAAUUUGUUUUCGUUUUUUGGGACCAUUUUCAUUGAGAGGAAGCGGAGGUCGCUUUAUUUUCCUCAUAACAGACGCCUUUUCUCUAAUGACCCAAAUUUAUAUAUUAUCUAACGAUUCACUUGAAACUAUCGUCAGAAGUUUAAUGGAAAACUAUUUUUUAAUUUUUGGAACUCCGUUAUAUAUCCACUAUGACCAGAGCUCACCACCUCAGCGGGCGUUAUUCAGCAACCUUUCACUUCUUCUGGAACUUAAACAAGUGGACAAAUGCGCAUGUGAUCCACAAAGACAUGCUAUUACAGAAAAAUACAUAUAUAUUUUAAUACAAACUAUCUCUGAGUUGAUACUUGACCACGACAGUAACUGGGACGAGCUUCUCUUCCUGCUAAUCAGUUCCUUCAACAGCCAUCCGAUGCCGGACACUGGUCUCAGUCCCAAUCACCUGUUGUUCGGACGCGAUCUUCCUCGACCUGUUCACUUGGCUCUCGUAGAUUCUAAGCAGCCGACCUCAAAUAUCGUCCAGCAUAUUUAUCAAUAUUACGUUCUGAGCCUGGAGGAAAAGCUUGAUGAAGUUGUUGAGAUAUAAUGGCUUUUAAAAUAUUUUAGUUUAACUAAAUCUACUCAGUUAAUUAAAUCUCCUUACAAAUCUGAGUGUUAAUUUUGUUCUUUCAGUCUUGUAACUUUUAUUAUUUAAAAAAAAAUGCUCUCAUAGGCAAAUAACAAGUAAGAUUGUCAAACCAAGGACUUGUCUUAAAUUCCUAUAGCUUUAGUUACUUUACAUUCCGUGCAUUAAUUUUAUUUACUACAUUUAUUUGAUCUCACAGCUAGGAAAGUUGUUGUUCAAUCGUGAAUAAAUUAACUGGAAUCUUUAUAUUAUAAUGAGUGAGGAUAUUUUUUAAAACAAUAGAAUAAUUUGUCUGCAAACAUUAUUCAGAGUUGAAAAAACAAAACACGAUCAAUCUUUCCUAAAUGUAUAACUUAUUGAAUUAAAAUAUUUACACACUCAGGGUUGAAAGCAACAUCGAAACCUACAUCGCCACUUAUGUCACUAAAUACGACAUCCACAACGGAAAUAUUAGGACAUCCUGGGUUGAAAGCAACAUCGGAAACUAAAGCAGUCAGUGAAAGUACAGUAUCGCCCAAGUCUAAAGUAACAAAAGCCACAACGAGAUCGAUAACUACGUCAACAAGAGGCGCAAAGUCUACGUCAACAAGAGGCGCAAAGUCUACGUCAACAAGAGGCGCAAAGUCUACGUCAACAAGAGGCGCAAAGUCUACGUCAAAAGGGUUUGGAGCCUUUGCGCCUCAGUUAACAAAGCGAUCAAGUGUUACACCAAAAGAUGCAUUAAUAGCUGAUACAACAGCUCCAUCAACAGUGGUACCAAGAGCUGCAUCAAUAGAUAGAUCAAGAGUUGAAUCAACAUUUGUAUCAAGAACUGAAAGAUUUCCUUCAACAUACGUAUCAAUAGAUGUAUCAACAUACAGAUCAAGAGUUUCAUCAGAAGGUGCGGAAACUCAAUCAAAAGACCCAAAUCUCAGUAGUUUUACAGCAUCAAUUUACAGCUCAUCAACUACGGAUAAGAGUGAAGCAGAUGUUGAUGUUACAUAUGACUUUAAUACUGACAUAAGCGACAGCUCACGUGAAGAAAGCACACCUGAUAUUAAGGACACAGAAGAUAAACAUCUGAGUGGGGACGUCAUUGGUGAAUACGGCGAAACUUACCCCGAUUCAUCAAAAAAUUUUGAAUUCGAUAAGUUAAAUAAAAAAAAUCAAAACUUAGAGUUUCCAGAUGACAACGGUGCUUUAGUAACAAAACGAACCAAAAAACCAUUACUAUCCAAGACCAAUCACGUACCUGGGAAUAUUAACACUGUUAAAAAGACACCAGCUAAUACUGAGUCCGGUAAGUCGAAGCAAAAAGUGUCUUUAAUUUGGUUUUUUAUAGUUCUAGUUUUACUCGUUUCUAUAACUAUGAUACUGGUCUCAGUUUUAACUUGGAGGUGGGCUAAGCGGAACCAGAGAGCCAAACUGGGGAGGGAAUAUGACGGACACAAGGUCGAGGAAGUUCAAUCAUGUGACACUGAUGCAGAAACAUGCUUAGGAGAGAAGGGUUCGUCAAACGAUGAUACAGUUAAGGCAGAGUGUUAUAAAGAUAUUGUCGAAGUUAAACAGGAAACAACAGAGACUGGAAUUACAGAGACUGUAAUGACAGGGACAGGAGUGACAGGGACUGAAUUGAGAGAGACAGGAGUGACAGGGACUGAACUGAAAGAGACAGGAGUGACAGGGACUGAAUUGACAGAGACAGGAGUGAUCGAGACGAUGGCAGAGGCCAAGACUGAGGAGGUAACUGAGGAAAAGACAGAGCAUAAGGUGUCGGAGAAAAUUUCGACAGAGUCAGAAAACUUGUCAGACGAACAUCGAAUCAAACCUGGUAAAGAGGAGAAUGAGACUGAGAAAGAGACGUGUGAAACAUCGCUCGAGCCGACCGAUUCAGUGAAACAAGAGGAAAAAUAUAAUAUUGAUAAAGAACUUAAGAAUAAUGUAACUAAAGAUAGCGACAACGACGAAGGAAAGUUAGCUGAAUUAAAUGCCAAGAGCGACGAACUCUCUAAAUUGACUGCUGACCAGGGAGCAGUCAUAUAGAGACGUAUCGGAUAACUGCGCAAACCUGUAGGUAAAUCUCAACUGAGAGCUUGCAUUUCAUCAUGAUGGUAAUUUGUUAAAGUAUUGCUGCAGCGAAAGCAACCUUAAUUUUUUUUAGUUGAUAAUUUUUUUUUUAUCAUGAACACUGUAACCACAUUACGCAAAAAUCUCUAUGAAAAUACGUUUCAAGUUGGUUUGCUUUUUUUUAACUCAAAACAUUUUAUGGUUAAAAUCUAAAAGUUGAACAAUGUUUGUAAGUAAUUGUCAAUGUUUGACGAUUUUAAAAUUAUUUUGAAGGAAAUGUAUUUAUUAUUGAAGAAGAAAUACGAUUGUUUUUUCGCAAGUUUUACUAUUUUUAAUUUCAUCUAAUUGAAUUAUAUAAUUCUCCUAGCAAGAAAUAGUUUUUGCUGAAUUAUUAGUUCGUAAAUACUAGUGAGAAAAUGUGUCAGUUUCUUGAAAUGGAAUAAACAACGCUUCAUCUUCAUAAAUAUACUGGUCAUUAGCUGGUAUAUCGAGACAAUUGACACCGAGAACCAUGUCCAAAAAGCGAAUAUGGAAUUACCUAUGGUUAUUGCGAAAAUAGAACAGACUUUGGAACACAACUAUUGAGCCAGUGUUCGAUAAAGUAUCCAAAUAAGAGCCGUCGGUGAUUUGCAAGAUAGUAUCGUGCCUGCGAGAUUUUGCAUUUGUUUAUGAUAUACAGCUAAGAUCUAUUCUUCCUGAUAUUUUUUGAAUUUAUCCCAAAUAAUUGAUUUAAAUUUUAAAAAAAAAAUGUGUUUUUAUAAAUAUUCAGGUUUUACUAUUAAAAAAUUUAUUUAGAAAAAUUGUGCAUCAUGUAUUUGUUGUUUUUUUCUUAUUGUGUCACUAUUGGUCAGUACUUCCUUUUAAAAUCACGUG